AUGACAAAUCUGGUCAGUAUCUUACUGAUACUUACUGUUGUUCUGGUCCAUCUCUCACCUGCACAGGACUCAGCCCCCCUCAGCAAAAGCCACUCCAAAGUGAUGUUGUUUCAUGAGGCCUGGGCUCGGAGUGUGUGUCGUUCUCUGGAGAGGAUGGUGCAGGUGGAGCAGGAAUACCCUGGAGGGGUGGAGCACAUAUUCAGCCCUGGCUGUGUGCCUCUCCAACGCUGUUCUGGCUGUUGUAGUGAUGAGAAACUGGAAUGUUACCCCACUCGCACCCAAAAUGUUACCAUACAGUUGUUAAGGAUAACUCCUGCAGAGAGGACAAGAGAGUAUGUACUGCUCUCCUUUCUGGAGCACCACACCUGUGAGUGCAGGUGUCGUCAACCUCACAUCUAA